AUGGAUUCAAAACUGAACAAGGAUAUCCUCUACACCAUUGCCGCAGAGCUGGCCUCUGCUGGCUCAAUCGACGACCUAAAGAAUGUCUCCCUGACUUGUCGAAUCUUGCGAAUGGUGACCUUACCCCUGUUGUUCCACAAAGCCCAAUGGCCGCACCCAGAAAAACACACGGAAGAAGGGGGCUUGGAAUUCUUCCCAGAGACCUUGUGGGCGUACUUUAGAGAGUUCUCGCUGGACUGGCCAGACCAUUGGCCAGAUACGAUUCCACCACAAUGGGGCGACCGAUACUAUAUCGGCGGCGACUACCACCCACGACACCUCGACAAACUCGUCGGGGCGCUCCCAGCCAUGUCCAACCUGUCCAGGUUCCAUAUCAGCUGCCCGUUCUACCCGCCAGCAUCCAUAAUCGCAGCGCUCAUCCAAUGCCCAUCCAUCCGGGAGCUGUCCAUCCACGACACCCCUCUCUACGUGGACAUGGUCCCCCGCGUCCCGCCCACCUUCCACCUCGACCGUCUCUCCAUCGUGCCCGUCGCCGAGGCCCUGCGUGUCGGCGAGGGGGCCUACGACCCCAAAUACCAAGAAUUCCAUUACUACACCCGCGACUACAGGAAGCGCUACAGGAACGACAGUCUGGCGCGCUACGCCGCGACCGCCUUCAUCUUCUCCCUCGGCAAGUCUGACCAUCUGCGGCACGUCGAGGUCUCGGGCGACCUCUGCACGCUGCACGAGCUGGCGUACCAGGAGUGGCCGCUCCUCGAGACGCUCGUGCUUACCGGCCAUGCACCCCGCCCGCACGGCAUGGUCGAGCUUGUGGACGUGGUGGCCAAGAUGCCUAGACUCGCCGAUUUGCGUCUCCUCUUUGCGAGCGUGAAGAACGACCCCCUCUUCCGCCUGCUGCCCAUCGCGGACAAUCACCUCACGGCACGCGGCAAUUCCGCCCGCGUCCUCUCCCAGAUCCAGUACCUGGCCGUAUCGAAUGCGUGCAAGAUCCCGGGGGUGUUCCAGUAUACGACUGGGUUGGAGGGGCUGGUGGUGUGCGCGAUUAUUGACUUGCCGAGGGUGCCUAUUGCCCUGGGACGGGCGGAGGUGGAUGCCCUUUUGAACGAUAUGAUCUCGGCGCCUGGCGGGAUGAAGGACGGCCUCAGGACGUUGCGCAUCAUGAUUGAAGACAAGGGCACCCCCGAGCUCUAUCGCAAGAUCUGUAUGCAUUUCCCCAAACUGGAAACUCUGGAGGUCGAGCUCUGUGGGUAUCACGACGGGAAGACCGUCUUCCCUUGGGAGGAACUCGUGGAUCCGUUCAGAUCUCUCAACUAUCUCAAGCAGCUCCGUAUAUGCGUUCAGUUCCCCGAGUACGACGAGGCUGAUCGCGGGGAGCCGUGGAAGACCGCCCGGCGGGAGUGUGCGGCGCAUUUUGCAAUGCGAUUGCCUUCGCUCCAGAGGGUUGGGUUUGAGUACCGUAAGAGGACGGGGACUCAUCGGUAUGAAGAUAGUUGGCUUGAAUGGGACAUUGAAAGGAAGCAGCAGUUUGGAAGUGUGGAAUUGUACGAACUCCCCCCUUCUUGGUAUCGUUUCCCCGAAGUGUGGAAACCUCAGUUUUUGGUUGGUUCGUGAUUCUUUUUCUGUUCUUUCUUUUUCAUAUGAUCUUCGGCGUGCUUCGACUUCUUUUAGUUGAACGCUACCCCUUCCCCCUUUGUUCUUAUUUUCUUUUUCUUCUUCAGAUUUUUUAUGCUUUUCGUGGUCUACGUUUUUGGUUUUGGUCUCGGUCCCGUUUCUUUCUUUCUCGCAGCACCAUACACGCCUUUGGGCCUCUUGAUCUUUGUCGUCUUUUUUGGUUCCUCGUCUUGGUUUCAGCGCCUUUUAUCUCUUUUCUUUUUUUCCCCUGGGUUUCAUCGUCUCCGGUUUCGCCUAAUGUUCUCUGGUUCAUCAUCAUGUUAUGAAGUAUAUCAUGCAUUGUUGUUUUUGGCUUUACUAUGUAGUCCGUACCUACCUACCACCUCCUCUCCUCACUUUGUUUUGCUUAUCGCUGUCCAUGUUGUUAUCGUUAUCUCUUACUUUUUACUCUGCGCUCUUGUCUCGU